UGUAUUGUAUUUUGUAAAUAAUAAAUAGUAUAUAGUAAUUAGCACAUUAGCCGAAAAGCUUAACUUCAGAUUUUAGCAAACCUACUAUAACUGGGAUUACGGAUACUGAAUAAAAUAGGAAACAUUGUGGGACCACAACUGUUUAACACACACAAUAUGAAAAUUAAUGUGACAGAUUUUAAGGACAGUUGUAGAGCUUGCCUCCAACAAAACAAAAUAUUUUACAAUAUUUUUACUUGUUAUUAUGUUAAACGUAAUAUUUCAUGUGUCGAAAUGCUAACCAACUAUACUAAAAUUAAGCCUAUUAAACAGGAUGGUUUACCACAACUUAUUUGCAAGGAUUGCUUUAGGCAGUUAAAACGAACAUACGACUUUUGUAUACAGUGUGAAAGCAGUGAGAUAAGGUUAACUACUCUUUUGUCAAACCUAAAAAGUCCUGAUAACAGUGAAACUAUUAAUGAUGUGGAUAGAGUCAGUUUGUAUAAUGUUAAAGAAGAAAAUAAUAUCAAGCUCGAACCUCAUAGUGAAGAUAAAAUUAAUUUAAUAUCAGAAGCAGUUGAAUUAAAAAUAGAACCUAGUCGUGAGAAUAAUGAUGAGAUUGAAAACUGGAAUGAUGAUGAUGAUAAUUUACUUAUUGAAUUUAAACAAAAUGAUCCAAAGGAUGAGACAGUUAUUAAGAAGAAAAGAGGGAAGAAGAAAAAAUUUCCACAUUUGGACGAUGAAGAAUUGGCCAAGCCAACUAGUAAGUUACCACACCAAUGUGAUGUAUGUGGUAAAAUAUUAAGUUCUAAAAGUAAUCUCAACUCUCACAAAAUAAUACAUACAGAUCAAAGGCCUUUUAAAUGUAAAGAGUGUCCAGCUUCUUUUAAAGGCCACAGCGGUUUAUUUCAGCACAAGAGGCUACACACAGGUGAAACUCCAUAUCAUUGUGAAUAUUGCCCCAAGCAGUUUAGAAAGAAAACCACACUUAUAUAUCAUAUACGCACACAUACUGGUGAAAAGGAAUACGAUUGCAAAAUUUGUUUGAAAAGUUUUGUUCAGAGCGCGCAACUCGCGAUACACAUGAAACGGCAUAGCGGGGAUAAGACGUACCUCUGUCAGGACUGUGGAAAAGCAUUUAUAAUAAAAGCCGACCUUAAAGUUCACCAACGAAUUCAUAACGGAGAAAAGCCAUACUCAUGCCAUUUGUGUGAGAAAACGUUUGCGACGUCUGGAAAUCUUUCUAUACACGUUCGGAUACAUAACAGGGAGUUUAGAUACACAUGUAAAUACUGCAGUCGUGGCUUCAUAACAUGUAGUUCUUACAAUGUCCAUUUAAAAAGACAUCGCGGGCAGAGAGACUAUUCCUGCGAAUGUGGAAAGAAAUUUUACACAUCUUCAGCACUAAAGCAGCAUAAAGUUGUUCACACAGGCGAAAAGCGUUAUCAGUGUAAAAUUUGCGACAGGAAAUUCACACAGACGAGCCAUUUGAGUCGACAUUUCCGGAAGGAUCAUGCGAAACCGGAUGAUCCGUUGCCGAACUCGGAUCAAUACAAAAUUGUUUUACCCGCAGAAAACGAGACGAGUGUGUUUAAUUUAAAGAUGGACGACGGUGAUCUUAAAUGUGAAACGUAAAUUUAUGUUUUAAUCAGUCGAGAUAAUGUCUAGCGUUGAUUUGUUUUUGACAAUACACAUUUGAAUACGUAUAUACGUACCUUAAAUACGUGGGAAAACCGACUUUGCGAUAAAAAUGAUCUUUAUAAUUGCGUCAUUGAAGUAAUAAUGGAAAGUAUGGAGUUGUAUUGAAAUGUACCAAUAUUUAUCAUGUUUGAUACAAUAUGUAAUAAUGAAAUUAUAUAAAAUGUUAGGACUUAUUUAUUGUAAAUUAUCGAA